UCUCGUGUGGGUGCAAGAUAUUUGCGCCGACAAAUCAUUGCAUGCGGGCAGGCCUUAAGCCAUGUCAAAUGUUUGGUUGGCUACACUGAUUUAUCAACGUUAAAACAAAACUGCUGGGAGAUGUUUUCAAAGUUCAAAUAGCGGAUAUUGUCAAAAUCGGCAUUUUAGAGUCGUAGGCUAGCCCAUCGAAGCUUGGUUACAGUUCUUAUGCCGUUUAUUGUCUGCCGAGGAAACGCAAGCUGUUUCCUCCUGAAGUACAGUACUGACUACCGUUCUUAUCGGUAGGCGCACAUUUCUAUAGCCCAGUAUUAUGAGUAAAGUGUGAUUAGCAUUAGAAACAUCUUUUUGGCGAGCAAUACAGAAUAAAUGAGCACAUUUGGUGGCCGGAUGCAAGAAAUCCCUGAUGUAUCUGUGGAUAAUUUUGAAAACGAGAAUCUACUAUCAACAGCUUUUUUUCUUAGUCAUGCACAUACGGAUCACAUGAGAGGCUUAAAUGAUGUUGCUUUCUACGAACGGCUGCUAACUGCGGAAAAGGAAGGCUGUACUGUGUAUUUGUAUUGCUCGGAUAUUACACGUGUGUACUUAAUGGAUAUGAAAUUUAAGAAGGGUAAAAAGCACUUAACGAAUAUGGGUUUUGAGAAGAUUGAUAAGUAUAUAAAAGUGCUGCCACUGGGACCAUCACUAAUAGAUGUUCCUUCUCCAGAAAACUCUGAUAGUAGGACCCUUGCCGUCACCUGCAUACCAGCUGGACAUUGCCCAGGUUCUGUAAUGUUUUUAUUUGAAACUGACAAAUUUAAUGUUCUGUAUACUGGAGAUUUUCGAAUUUUACCUGAAGAUAUUUGCAAGUUCACAUCUUUAAGAAAUGGGCCGUCUCUAAAGAAGAUCCACACACUUUAUCUUGAUACCACUUUUUUGGAUAGAUGUUACUAUUAUUUUCCUUCCCGUGCAGAGAGUGCCUCCACAGUUUGCAACAGAAUCUGUGAAUGGCUUCAGUUGAGCCCCAGACACACAGUUGUGAUUGAUUUACCAGCUCGUUGUGGAACUGAAUUCAUCUUUGUGAAAAUUAAAGAAACUUUAGGUAUUAAAGUACAUGUGAACAAUGAAACAUAUUUACAGUACAAAGGAAUAGAAGAGAUUCAUACCUGCUUAACUGAUGACUCUCGUUACGCAAGAGUACAUGCGUGCUGUCUCCGUAAUGAAGUUCAAAAUUUGUCUCUACCUUCUUGGCCUGGAGAUGACUAUCACACCAGAAUUAUAAAACCAUCUGCUAUGUGGUUUGAAUCCUCAGGAAAGGAUGGAAAGCCACUUUCUGUGACAUCAAGGGGUGGUUACCAUUGCCAAGUAGCUCACUCAUCUCACGCAUCAUUCAAAGAGCUUGCUGAUUUUAUAUAUACACUGAAGCCCAACCAUAUAGUCCCAACUGCUGUACCUUCUUGGAAGUCCAUACGUGAGGUACAGAAGAUACUGAAAGAACUGCUUUCAAACCCUGUGACCUUAGAGAACUUUCAGGAAGAUUCAUAUAGUGCAAUUGAUUCUGAUAUUUGCAGUAAUGAACAUUUUUAGCUGAAGACUGAAAGUGUAGUGGAACUCCUAGCUAUGAUGGACUGUUAAAUGUUUAGAGCAUUUUCUGACAUUUGUGAUAGUAUUUUUGCAAUUUUAUUUGAAAAUUAAAAGUGUAAACAAUCUAA